AUGUAAUCUAGGCCUUCUAAUUUAUUUUCAAUUAAAAUGCUUAUUUUUCACAUCUUUUUUCCUCAAUUCUUCAGGAGUGUGCAAUUUCAUUCAGUCCGAUGACCUGUACCAUCGAAAUGGGUAUGUGACAGAAGAUAUCGAAGAUUUCGGUUACAGUUGGCUGCAAGAAAAGACAAAGGAUAGUUGUAAGCUGGAACGCAUAAUUGUGCCAGAACCGCCACCGGAUAUCUGCAACUUCACUGCCAGCCCUUGUGAGAUUCUCAUGGACCCAACUCUUUACUCGGCAUCGUGUCAGAACGAUGUAACUUACAGCCAAAAACCGGAGGCCUCGAUGUGCAGAUCCAAAUUUCAGUAUGCUGAGCAAUGCUGUGAAAAGGGUAUCUCGCUUGUGGAAUGGUUAAAACUCAGUGGAUGCGAAAGUUCGUGCCCGGAAGGCAUGCAUUUCGAGUGCACUUCAGCCUGUCCCAAAACCUGCGACAAUUACAAGGAUUACGAUGCAGAUGACUGUGACCUCAUGCCGCUUUAUACUUGUACCUGCCCAGAAGGUCAAGUAUUGAAGCAAGGCAAAUGCAUCGAUUCUAUCCUCUGCGAGACUUGCGAUGCUUUGGGUCACAUUGUUGGUGAUGCUUGGAAUGUAGGACCAUGUGAACAAUGCAAAUGCUUGGAAGAUCUGUCGACUCGCUGCACAGUUACUGAAUGUCCUGAACCUCCCAUAUGCAAUGAAAAUGAAAAGUUAGAAAAACUGAUUAAAGCGGUAAAUACUUGCUGCGAUGCCUACCAGUGUAUCGAAGAAAUCGUAGAGUGUCCAGAACCGAUUCUUCAAAAAUGUGCGAAAGGAGAAGCAAAUGUCAAGUUCACUAAUGAAGAUGGUUGUCCAGCAUAUAAAUGUGAAUGUGCUCCAGACAUGUGUCCUCCCCUUGUGGAACCACCCCUCUACGAUGGUGAAGUGAACACUGUCGAAACUGUAGGUUGUUGCCCGGAGUACAAGACCAUUUGCUAUCCUGAGAAAUGCGAAUUGCCGCCUCUUUGUGGUCCAGGUUUCAAAAUUGCCACCUUCGAAGGAAGGUGUUGCAUUAAAUAUAACUGUGUGCCGAAGAAGAAUGUUUGCGUGUAUCAACACCAGUUUGAUGUCUUGGAUGGAAAGCAAGUCAACUUGCUGCCAGAAAAUUACUACGAAGUAGAAUAUUCAGCUGGCGAUUCUUGGUGGGAUGGACUCUGCCGAAACUGCUCGUGCACCGAAACCGAAGGACAAUACGUGUCAAGCUGCCGAGUCCAGAUAUGUCCAGUGAUCUCGAGUUCCCAGGCUGCUGAAAAAUACGUCCAUGAGGUAAUACCUGUUCCUGGAGCUUGCUGCCCACAGUAUCGUCGAGUAGCUUGUUUAGUAGGUGGAAUAGGUUUUGAGAUCGGACAGGAAUGGCCCUCACCUGAAGGGGACAAGUGCAAGAAUUACCGAUGCGUCACGGAUAAAGAUGGAGAAGCAAUAGUUCUGGAAAUAACUACGAGAUGCAAUAAGACGUGUUCCAUUAAUGCAAAGUACGAGGAACCCUUGCCAGGCUCUGAAGUAUGUUGUGGAUCCUGCAAACCAUUUGCUUGCGAAGAAAAUGAUGUUAUCUAUGAGAAUGGUGCCACCUGGGACUCGAUCACCGAUCCGUGUUUUUCUGCAAAGUGUAUUGUCAACGAAAAUGGAACUCUCAUACGCUACAGCAAAGAAAGUUGUCCAGUAAUGCCGGAUAAUUGUCCGACGGAAAAUGUGGUAACAGAUCUUAAAGGAUGUUGCACUUACUGUAAGAUGACAAGAGAAACUUGCUCUGCUGUUCAAGUGCCCCUCUAUGAAACCAGAGGAUUCUUCAAAUACAUUGAUGAUAAAAGGGGUUUGUGCACGAACGGAAAGUCUCUGCCAGAUCUCACCAAGUGCUCAGGAACAUGCACUGCAGAAUCACGUUACUCGAAACUAAUUGGUGAUUUCCAAAGUAUAUGCAACUGCUGCUUGCCUCAGAAAACAAAGGACCGAACUAUUAUUCUAACCUGCGAAGAUGGCUCUCAGGUGCAAAAGACUUACCAGCAGCCAAUCACGUGCCAGUGUUCCACCUGUUCUGGGAAGGACCUAGAUCUAGAAGCAUUAAACAAGAUCGAGCCAUACUAAAAUGGCUCAUCAAGCAAAGAUAAAAAUGCAGUUUUCAUUUUAUUCAAAAUGUGAUAACUCUCAUUUGUUAAGUCUUUUAUACUUAUUUUCAUUAAAAGUUUCUUUUGAAAAAAAGACUAUGAAAAA